CGUCACUGUGUGUUACAAAAAAUGAAUUCGUCUACUAAAAACUCAUAUUUAUCGCCGAAAAAUACAAAAAAUCCACCGCGAUUUCCGUCAAUAUCGCAGCCAAAAAUUGUCGGUUACUAUAGUUUGAAUGAAAGCCGUCAAUAUUUACCGGAUGCUUCGAACUGCAAAUAUGUUUAUAAUAACUAUCGGUCGGAUCGUAUUUACUACGAUUUAAAUGAAGGAAUAGAGAAUGUGAUCCGAAAGCCUGAAUCAUGUUCUGAAGAGAAGAUUACUCACCUUUUAGAGUUUAUCUUAGGAAAUAAUAAAGUUUUGAAUAAAGAAACAUCAGAAAAUGGUUGGAAUUUAUCGGCCAAUUUUGUAUGUUUUCGUGGAUUGUUGCGAUUGAUAAUGUGCACGCCAUAUGAACAAAGAGAUUCAUGGAUAAUUUUAGCAACAAAGUACAAAGGAACCAUUUAUUUAUGUGCCCAAGAAACGGAAAAACAAGCUCAAGAAAAACGUAAUCAAACUGAAGCAACAAAACGGAUUUUUUCAUAUGGCUUCAAAUUUGAACAAUUUAUUUUAACCGAUGAUCCCCGUAAAAAACCCUCAACGAAUGAGCCAGUUAAUGAGGGUGAAGAAUUUUGUUGUAUGUUUUCAACCACGUUGAAUGGACAAAAAAUUCUAUACGGCGCCGAAAUGGACGGAAUUGAAACUGAGCAACCUUGUGAUUUGAACAAAGCAGAUCUCAAUCAAUUUAAAUUUGUUGAAUUAAAAGUCAAACUACGCGAACAAAAUCACAGACAAAAGCAAAAUUACUUUCGAUUCAAACUUCGAAAUUGGUGGUGCCAAUCAUUUUUGGUUAAUAUUAAUAAAAUAAUUGUUGGAACAAGAACGACCGAUGGCAUUGUCAACGAAGAGUCAACGGUUUAUGUAAAAGAUAUUCCAAAACAGUGUCAGAAGUAUUGGUCAUCUUCUGUGUGUAUGGAAUUCUGUAAUCAGUUUCUACAAUAUGUGUCAAAGGAAAUGAGUGGAAUUGAUAAUCCCUACGAUGUAUUUCGAUUCGACUAUGAUCCUGCUAAAUCGGAAUACAUUUUUAUGCAAACAUUCAAGAAUCGCAGUGAAUUUAGUUUCCUGCCUGACUGGUACAUCAAAGAAGUAGAGUCACAUGACGCAUAAUUUGGGCGUUAAAUAUACAACUGAUAUGGUUAUCACAAAUAAAAUACGAUAUAUUUAGUGCGUCAUGAAUUGUUGAUCUUUUGUUACUCAUUUAAAAAACUCCAGAUUUACUUAUAUUUAAAUGAAUAAAUAACAAUGAGUCAAUAAAAAUGCCGU